CGAGGGGGCAACCCCACCCUCACCGGGAACAUUGAGCCCAAAUCAACUGGGAGUUACACUGAAAGUCUUCCCCCGUCUUUCCACUCCACCCAAUUUCUAGCUUCCUUUUUCCACCCCUCCACUCUUCCGUACCGGAAACGCCUCCCCUUCCUCGUACAGUUCCGGCCGCCAGUCCCUCGUUUCUGAUCUGCCCUCGAGCCCUAGAGUGACGCUAAAGGACCCCCCUCCUUUUUUUCUGCGGCCCCUCCCCCUUCACGCUGGGAGACUGUUGGAGGGGAUAGGGUGGAGCCCCAGGGAAGAAAAGAAACCAAUCGGAUUGGAUAAGCAGCUGCCAAGGCAACUGAAGGCUGCAGUUGUAUUGUCAUAGUAACCAAUUUGUGCGCACCGAAUGACCCUCCCUUGGCGAGUGGAUUCCCGGAGAAGUGCCCAGGGUUCCCCCUUGGCUUCCCUUCCACCCAAAGGCUUCCCCUCAGGUUGGGAAUACGGGUAGUUCUCUUGGGGAGUGAAGUUCAUUUCCUCCUCCCUUUCCCUUUCCCGCAGCGAUGGGGGAGACCCCGAGGCAUUCACCAUGGGCUUUUCCACCCGCCUACGGGCGGAAACCACCUCCAUAGUUUUCCUCUCCGUGCGAGGUGUGCGGAGGACCGGGCCUACGAGGACGAUGCGGAGCCUGCAGGCUGGUGGGCGGCGGGCUGGAGCUGGUAGGGCGGAACGGUGGCGCUUGGCAGCUAGGCGGGCGAGGGGUUUCCCCACAACUGCCUCGGGCUCUGGGAGGCGGGAUCCCGCCUGGACGGGGUCCCUGAGGGAGGAGAACGGCACACGACUGCCGAGAUCCCUCUUCUGCCGACAGAGACGUCCGACUUUCCCCGGCGGGUCGACCCCUUACAGAAAUCCCCCAAACCCCACCCCACACACAGCCUCGGUGACCAAAUCUUCUCAGAGUUCCCCUCGUGGCCUUCCCGAGCCACCUCCUGCCGCAAGGAGGCCCGAGUGAAAGUGGAAACACAUCCUGGAAGGCUAACAAGUGGUCUUUAGAGCUGGGGAUGUGGUGAGACGCUGAUGACAGCCCUCUCUCUCAGAGGGUGAUUCCCCAGUGGAGGUCCCCCUUAAUGAUCAAAAGCCGACCUCCAAGUUCCUUUCUCCUCUACAAACUUCCGGUUUCUCUCAGGUCACUGUCCAGGUUACUACACAUACCACCAUGGAGGAGACAUGGUCCCUGUCUUGGAGGAAUGCACCUUUUGGCAGAGAUGCCAGAGAAUAAAGAAUUGAUUAGGAUCCAGUAUGAAGGGUGUGGCAAUUAAGUACUCAAGGACACAGUGUGUAUGAAGCUGACCCAUAUUCUCUUCAGUACUACUCCUCAGACCUGGAGCUAAGUCAUUCAAUCAAACAUAUCGAGACACAAAAAGAGAGGCGACCCCUGGACAGCGCGAGGGACCUACUCGCAAUGACCGAGACCACCAAGACCCACGUUAUCUUGCUCGCCUGCGGCAGCUUCAAUCCCAUCACCAAAGGGCACAUUCAGAUGUUCGAAAGAGCCAGGGAUUAUCUGCACAAAACCGGAAGGUUUAUUGUCAUUGGCGGGAUUGUCUCUCCUGUCCACGACUCCUAUGGAAAACAGGGCCUUGUGUCGAGCCGGCACCGUCUCAUCAUGUGUCAGCUGGCCGUCCAGAACUCCGAUUGGAUCAGGGUGGACCCGUGGGAGUGCUACCAGGACACCUGGCAGACGACCUGCAGCGUUCUCGAACACCAUCGGGACCUCAUGAAGCGGGUGACUGGCUGCAUCCUCUCCAAUGUUAACACACCCUCCAUGACACCUGUCAUCGGACAGCCCCAGAAUGAGACCUCCCAGCCCAUUUACCAGAACAGCAAUGUGCCCACCAAGCCCACGGCAGCCAAGAUCCUGGGAAAGGUGGGUGAGAGCCUAAGCCGGAUCUGCUGUGUCCGCCCGCCGGUGGAGCGCUUCACCUUUGUGGACGAGAACGCCAAUCUGGGCACGGUGAUGCGGUACGAGGAGAUCGAGCUGCGGAUCUUGCUGCUGUGUGGCAGUGACCUUCUGGAGUCCUUCUGCAUCCCAGGGCUCUGGAACGAGGCAGAUAUGGAGGUGAUUGUGGGGGACUUUGGGAUCGUGGUGGUGCCCCGGGAUGCAGCUGACACAGACCGAAUUAUGAAUCACUCCUCAAUACUCCGCAAAUAUAAAAACAACAUCUUGGUGGUGAAGGAUGACAUCAACCAUCCCAUGUCUGUUGUCAGCUCAACCAAGAGCAGGCUGGCCCUGCAGCACGGGGACGGCCACGUCGUGGAUUACCUGUCCCAGCCGGUCAUCGACUACAUUCUCAAGAGCCAGCUGUAUAUCAACGCCUCAGGCUAGCGGCCCCAAGGCCCUCUGCUCCACUCUCCCCUCGUCCUCCGCCAACACACGGGCCCCUCUGUUCGUCCCCGUUUCUCUCCUGCCUCUCUGUUUCUCCAUCUCAUCUUGACUGUUGUCGCCACUUGCUGACUCAGACCCCACAGUGUGGGGGACCUGCAGAGAACCACGACCUCCCCUCCUGCACAGUCAUCUUUGGACAAACCUUCCUCUAGUCUCCGGGUGGGGGUGGGGAGGGGAUGGGGGUUGGGGAAGUGCAGUCCUUGAAGAUGUGCUGGCGUCCGUCUCCCAGCAUGCUCUGGGGAGGCGGCUCUGGCUCUCGCCUUCCCAGCAUGCCCUUUACCACAAAGGGCUAUUUUUCUUGCUCUUCUUUUGUUUUGUUUUUUGAGGUUUUGUUGUCGUUGUUCACUCCUCAUAGAACUUGGAUCAAAUCGGUGUUGGUGGUUCUUGAUGUUUGUAGCCUUGAUGCAUUCCUUCCCUUUGAUAGGAUGCUGCAGCCAGCAUCUGCUCUCAGAAGGUGCAUGAGGGCCAUACCCAGUGGAGAAGGCUGAGCCACCCCACUUUUGCAACCGCCCCCAUCUACCCCCCCCCCCCCGCCACCCUGGCACACACACACACACACACACAUAGCAGUCUGGGUCAAGACUGAGACUUUCAUGUUCUGAAACCUGGGAUGCAAGUCCGGGAAUAGUAGGGCUUCUCAGAAGGAUUUGAGUCCAUUUCCUUAGUUUCAGAAGACCGUUCUCCUGAUGCUCCAGUCCGUUCUCAUUUCUUGGUGGCAUCUGUACAGUUACUUAUUUGGGCUGUGACUGAUGGCCAUGCGGGUUGCUCCCUGCCAGCCCAGGCAUUUCCAAGGGACCUUCAGCUCACCGUCAAAGCCCUCGGAGGCUAUGCUUAGCCACCUUCCUGCAUCUGGGAAGAAUCACAUAUGCAAGGCCAAAUACUGAUAAUGCAGUGGUUUCUGAACUAAAACAUGCGAGGAAUCCACUCACCCCUAGAGAUGUUUGCUAAUUGGAAUUAUUUAUUGCCUCCUUGGCUGGGAGAUGUCUCUGUCAUAAGUCUAGGAUGACCUAGGAGAAAGCAGUUUGCUUCCCUAAUGGGAAUUGAUGACUUUCCCGCUCUGGCUGUGGCAACAACAGGCGGUGCCUGAGGUCAGCUCCUUCUUGAGAAGCCGUGCCGUGGCCUUGUUUCUGGGUGAGGGUUCUGUCUCCUGCAGGGCCCAGCAGCCACCGUCAUGGCCUGAGGAAAUCUACCUAGCAGAGGCAUGGGUUCACGAACAGAGAUCUUAGGAGAGUGUCAGAAGCCACUAAACCAUUUCAUCCCUUUUCUCCCUUAUGUCCCCCUUCCUCUGCUGCCCUGGAAACCGUUUUGACAGACUCUGUUCUCGUUGUUCAGACCUCACUCCUGUUCUGCUUGGAGAACCAAAAGGAAAGCAUACUCUUGGGCUCUGUGUCUCUCAUCCAGUUUCUGGCUCUUGGGUUUUUGGUUCUUGAGGAGUGGCCCCCGAACAGUAAGAUAAUGGUGUCAAAAUCUGGUACCAGCUCUGGCCCAGAAGGGGUCAGGUAGGAUCUGACCCUAGGAACCGUGUUCUUCACCGUGCAUUCCACAUCUGUAGCAUCCUUCAGUAGCCUCCAGGAAAAGAAACGAAACUCAGUGGAAGAGGACCAUGGGGGAGGGGUGCUAUUCUCUUGGAUUAUGGAAAUAAUCUCCAAAGGACAAAGGUAAGAUCCUGUUCUUGGGUCUCGGUGUUUGGCUAAGGAUCAUGGAAUCAUAAGCUGAAAAGACCUUUAAAGAUUAAUUGACCCAACAUUUCCUUUAAAGAUGAGGGAGCAGAGAUGCACUGGAUUAAAUGGCUGGCCCAAGGUCAUAUGGCGAGUAUAGAGCCUGACAAAAGGAUGUGUUUCCCUGACCCUUUGGUCAUCACACCUCGUGGUCUCUGCUCCUCUGGUUCACCAUGACACUGACCAGGUAAGAUGCGGUUUUCAGCCUUUACCUGGCAGCUUGCUCUUAAUUUAGGUCUGGCCCACAUGCUCCCUGUGGAAGGCAUUGUGGUUGCUAGUCCUUGGGGAGAAUGUGACGGUGAGGAAGGCUGGAGCUAGGUUUCCCUUAGAAACUGACAGCUAGAGAGCAGAACAGCUUGGAGGAAAUCCCAGAAAGUGACCUUCUGAGUCCAAGAAAGGAUUGUUUAUGGAAGGCAAAGACCCAGCUAGUGCACAAGACGGCACUCGUGCUGAGAGACAGAAGAAGCUUUACCUAGGCAAGGCCAUCCUAAGGCAGGAAAUCAGGGAACUGGAUUCCCCAGGAUAUGGAGUUUGUGGCUCGUUUGUUCUGAAGAUCCACGUGAGCAGGUCCGAGAAAGACCAGAUGUCUUUUGUCUCCUUGGUCCACUCUUCUGCUGGGCUCUAUAGUCAAGCCCCAUUUAAUCCAUACCCCUGAGAGGACACGGGGCCAGCUCUACCCACUCAGUGUCGGGGCAGGAAGGCAGGUCUGAAGGGAGAGUGAGAAGAACUAAGGAAAAGAAUGGGGGCAUGGAAAUCGGUUUCGAGGAGUGAAAUGAGGCAGAUCUGAUCUUGGAUGUAUCACAAGGAUCGUGUUAAAAUGGCUUUUCUUUAAUACAAGGAAAAGUGUAUCCCCUUUUGGGUAGAAUUGUCCAUCCCUCCCCUGAGGUUCUUCACUUGCUAGAGGGAGGUCAGAGCCCCUUUCUCAGUCCAGGGCAGGACAUGGAGGCCAUGACCCAGCCAAGGCCAACACCAGAGAGAUGAUUCACAGUUGGAAGCAGUGCCCCACAUGCCCACAGGAUGACCUCAAGGCCCUGACUUCCAUUCAGAGGUCCCUUUCCUUCCUGCAAAAGCCAACCCACAGGCUCAGAGAUCAUGAGAAAGGCAUGGACUGCAAGGAUUGUGUCAAGAGGGAUCUAGAGCCUCAUUUCCUGUCUCCCAAUAAAGAGUGUCCUUCCCACUCUUAUGAAAGCGGCUGAUACAUAAGAACAGGCAGGAGGGAAACUUUCUGUGUCCCUGACUCUCCUCAAGGAGUGGCCCUUUGAGGGCAGGGUCUGUGCUGCCUGCUGGUACCUCACCCGCCACCCCCCUCCCCAGCCCCCAGGCAGCCUCUGGGGGCUUCCUGCUUUCAUUUUCCGUGAAUGUGCGUGGGAACAGAGGAGGAAAGUCUCUUACUGAAGUGCCUGAAACCCAGAACUAGAGCUUCUAGAGACGCUGUUCUUUCUGUCCUGGCUUGGUUAACCUUUCCCCAACACUCCCUAGUCUCAUGCUCCAGCUUCUCAGAAAGACUAAAAGAACUUGCUGUCCUAAUUAACUAGAAAGCAAGACUCCAUAGUCAAACCACAGCAAAAGGCAGAGAAUUACAGGGAGACAUGACUUAUAUUUUAAUAGCCCAAAUCUGCUCUCCCAAAUCAAUACACACACACACACUUUAGAGGACUAAGAGUGAGAAGCAUGUUGUUGUAUUUUAUUCAUCAAAAGAGCAAUGCAAAAAUAAAUCAGCAGAAUAUGGAAAGCUCAGGAUCUCUCCCAAGGCUACUACUACAGCAGGUGAUGGGAAGGAUGGAAACAGGGAUCGAUUUUGUAGCUCAUCCCGUGUGGACACCGUAGGAUUAGCAUCGGGGUAAAGAUGAUGAAUGUGCUCUGUCCAUCCCCUUUGGUCCACACCUUCCUAUCGCUGCCCAGUAGACGCGACUCGUCAUGUGGUUUCUCUGUCGUGUGCGUUCGAAAUGUCCUAUGAGCUUGUCCUGGUUGGUUAGGAAUGAGUUACACUCUUUCCCGCCUCCUUCGGUCUAGGUCUGGGGCCAGACCUCUGCUUGGUCCAAGCAGUCUCAAGGAUUGGCAUGGGGAGGGGGAAGCUUUUUGGAAUCACUUUUUGGUCACUGAGUCUGCCAUUGUCAGAGUAAGAUUUGCUCUAUGGAAAUCCACACAUUAAUAAAAACUACUUUCGAGUUGCCACACCA